AUGAUUUCGUCGAACGAUGUUUAUUUUUCAUCAACAACGAUUGGCAAUGAUCUACCAUCACCAUCACCAAAUCUUUAUAAUUCGGUUGCUCCAUCGGAUUUUCUCGAUGAUUUAUUAAUGGAAUUUAAUCUAGGAGAUCCUGAUAAUACCAAUAUACUACCACUCGACAAUAAUGAAAUCGAUGGUUUAUUGAACGGACAAAUCGAAGGUUUUGAUCAAGCACAAGCAGUAAUUUUCGAUGGUGAAUUGCCCAAUUCGCUAGAUCAAUCUACACUGUCGUCAGAAGAUAGCACGACGAAUAAUCAAAAUAAAGCUACGGUCACAACUCGAACCAAUCCUGUCGUAGUUAAGACAUCGGAUUUACAUGCUCACUCGAAUUUCAUCAAUAACACUUGGUUAUAUGAAACAGGUGGAUCAUUAAAACUACACACAUCACCAUAUUCAUACCAACGUGCUCGGUAUGAACGAGAACUUAAGCAAGAUCUUCGUUACAUAUCCACACCAGGCAAUAAUUGCAUUGAUUUUGAGGUAGAUGACUCAUGUCAGUUCGAUGUUUUUUUUCAUCUCUGUGGAUUUCCAAUAGAGGAUUGAACUUCGAAGUCGUAUGUCAGUGAACACAUCGGUCAUUAUGCGUGUAUGUCGCACUACAAUCCCAUAUGGUCCUGAUGAGAUUGUACUUUGUCAUCCAUAUCCUCUGUGGGUAAAAGAUGAACAUGCGAAAGUU